AUGAUGGCAACAUCAGCUCCUGUUUGGAAGACUCUUCGUGUCUGCCCGGCAGACCCCCUCGCUCUCUCUCACCCACAGGCUAACCACAGCCAAUCACAGGGGUGCAGGGGGGAGGUGUCAGAGGAGAGUCAGCACUUAAUUGGUGAUGGUCUCACUGACUGGAUGACGGAAGAAGUGGAUUUCUCCUCGUACCUCCCAAACCCCCCUUCCCCUCCCUCCUCCACCAAUGCCUCCCUUCCCCCUUCACCCCUUCAGAAUGAUAUUCAGGUGCCCUCUGACUUGGAGGUCAUGACCUCCCUGCUGCAGGAGGAACUUGCCCAACUAGAAGACUACUUCCUGUCUGAACCAGUGCCAGAGAAAGGGCCGAGGCUGGGAAAAUGUGACAGGGGUCCACUGCCGGCGGGUCCUCAGCCAUUCAGUCAGCUGCCAUACGCAUCGUACUCUACAGCCAACCAAUCGGAAUCCAGCCCACUUCUUGUUACCCUAGCAACUGGAGAACUGGACCUGCUGAGUAUCUGUGGCGGGCCCAUUGGGCGAUCCAAAAUUCCAAGACACGCCCCGUACAGCUGCAGUCGCCCCAGUGGGUGUGGUAGGAAAAGAGUUCCUGAUGGUGUGAGGUACAGCAGUGAAGGCUAUGAUAACAGUUUGUUGAGUUCCAAAGGAAACAACUCAGGUAACUCAGCAGUGACCCUGACAGGUAAUUAUGGCUGUGUAGAAGACGAGCCGCUGGUUGGAAAAAGCUACUGUCUGGGUAGUGCAGUCGAGGUCAGAAGAUGUGCCACUCUACCCAAAGAAGAGAAAAAUUGCUGUUUCAGUCAAGAUAUUAUAAGUGGUUCGAAAGUUGUUGGUGGAGGAUUUGGCUUUGGCGGAUCACUUGAUGUCCCACACAAGAAAGAGGAUUUGUUGAUGUAUAGCAUGAGGGAGGUCAGCGGAGGCACUGCUAACAACGAGGUGCUGAACAGUAUCAAAACUAGUGUGGAGGUGACAAAAGCCACUGUAUCUUGGAAAACUGAGAGCAGCGACGGUUGUUAUCUUCCAACAACACCACAGCCUGAGGCCUAUCAUAGCUUCUUAGGCACCAUCAACGAACAGGUCAAAACAGAGAGUCUACAGAUAGGGCAACAUGAUUUACACUGUAAUUUCCUUGAGGAUCAGGGCCCAGAGUGUCUUUUAAUGGCUAGGGAGAGUCUGAACUUGGAGUCCUCAGGGCAUAGACAAGCGUGCAGGCUGAAGGAAGACCAUUGUGCUGUGAAAUACGAGGUGGACAUCCCAGUUGAAGGCGGGGAACGCAAACAGAAGAAGAGAGAUCAGAACAAAACUGCCGCUCACAGGUAUCGCCAGCGAAAAAGGGCGGAGCUAGAUUCAUUGGAGGAACAGUUGCAUUGCCUUGAAGGGAGGAACCGGGAGCUCCGGGACAAGGCAGAGUCCGUAGAACGUGAAAUCCAGUAUGUUAAAGACCUACUGAUUGAAGUUUACAAGGCCCGUAGCCAAAGGCUCAAGCAGGACACAACAGCGUAA